CUGAUUGGUUGUUAUAUACCCGAGAGCGCACAUCUGUUUUAGUUCUGGUGAAAAUCUGAUUCAGAUCAUGAGACCGCUGGUUGCGUUUUCCCUGUACGUCCAGAACUCAAAGUACAAACAAAAGUCCCUAUCCAGUUGUUAAAAAGGGAUGAGUUCCUUCCCUGCUGAGGCGCUGCUUUUCUUGAAACUGAUCAGCCUUGUUUCAGGCCUGCAGUUUGCACCAUCGACUUUACCCCAGGUGCCAUUCCUCACCGUCUGGAACGCCCCCACCGCCAGCUGUCUCUCUCAAUAUGGCGUGGACCUCGACUUGGGCAUGUUCAACAUCGUCCAUAACCAGAACCAAACCUUUAUGGGUGAAAACAUAACCAUCUUUUACUCUGAAAAGCUCGGCCUGUAUCCCAGGUACUCCAGCCAAGGAGAGGCUGUCAAUGGCGGGGUGCCGCAGAACGCCAGUCUGGAGGAACACCUCAGAGUUGCCACUAAAGAUAUCCGCACUUGUAUUCCUGACAAAUAUUUCCAGGGCCUGGCUGUGGUGGACUGGGAGAGCUGGAGACCUGUAUGGAUCAGAAACUGGGAGAGUAAAAAGGUAUACUGGGAAGGCUCGAGAGCGCUAGUGAGGUCCAGGCAUCCAGACUGGAGCCCUGCGCAGGUAGAGGCUGCUGCACGGGCGGAGUUUGAGACAGCUGGGAGGAGCUUCAUGGAGGGGACGCUGAAACUGGGGCAGCAGGAAAGACCAGAAGGGUUGUGGGGUUAUUAUGGUUUUCCCAAUUGCUACAAUUACUACAGCAACAAGAGCACAAACUACACAGGGGAUUGUCCGGCUAUAGAGAAAUCAAGGAACAACCAGCUGUGGUGGUUGUGGAACGUUUCCUCUGCUCUUUAUCCUGACAUCUACCUCAGCCUCGACCUGCGCGACCUCGGCAAAGAAGUGCUCCUCUACACUCACCACCGCAUCCUGGAGGCCAUGAGAGCAGGGGCUCAGCAGACCCCAUCCACGCCGCCCGUGUUCCCGUACUCUCGCAUCGUCUACACUUACUCAUUAGAUUUCCUCUCUCAGGAGCACCUGGUUUACACCAUAGGAGAGAGCGCUGCUUUAGGAUCUGCAGGGGUAGUGCUUUGGGGCGACAGUGCCUACUCCAAAUCUAAGGCCACUUGUAACGCAGUCAAAUCCUACAUCGAUAAGACUCUGGGUUUUUACCUGGUGAACGUCACGUCAGCGGCCGCUCUUUGCAGCCAGACCUUAUGUUCCUCUCAUGGAAGAUGCCAGAGGAAGGACCCGAACUCAAGGGACUACCUCCACCUCGACCCUGCCGUGUGGAAGGUUGUGUCUGAGAGGAAACCAGAGGGGGGACACGACUACAGAGUUUUAGGACAGAUGAAAACACGUCAGGUGACUCUCGUGAAGUCCAAGUUUCAGUGCAAGUGUUACCCGGGGUGGAGUGGUGAGAACUGCUCCAAAUCAAAUCAGUGAUAAAAGACUUUCCUUGAGGGGAUAAGACUGAGGCUAGUUUGGCCCAGAGGUAGCCUUAUCUGUACGAGUACAUGUGGUCACCUGUGAAUGGAAAUGUUCAAAUCUUUGACCAAUGUAUUUUCUUAAUUAAUUACUUUUCUAGUUUUCCUUAUUUUACAUGGGAUAUAAUGUUUUUAACUAAUCCAAAUUUAUCAAAGUAUGCAGACCAAUGUUUGCAUUCCAAUUGUGUGUGAUACUAAAUGAAGAAUGUACUCUUUAAAGGGACAAUUUGUAAGAUUUAAUAAAUUCAUAAUUUUAGCUUAAAACAUUAAAAAAAUCUGCAGAAUAUGAAAAA